UCGCGCGGAUGGUGCUGUCGGAGUUGACCGUGCGCCUCAACAGCGCGGAGUACAAGAACUGGGUCAAGGCGGGGCACUGCCUGCUGCUGCUGCGGAGUUGCCUGCAGGACUUCAUCCGCGCCGAAGUGGAAGCUUUCCACCGGCGCAUCCUAGCUGCGAUUCCCAGCCUGGGCCCCCACGCCUCUUGCCUCGGAAGCGUGCGCUGCACCCCCCGUGCUCGGCAGUUUCAGCCUCAGUGUCAGUUGUGCACAGAAUGGAAAAGGGAGAUUCUGAAACAUCACACCAACAGAAAUGGAGACAUCUACUGGGGAAAUUGCAAGCCUGAGCGCUGGCCUUUUGACCCCUGGGAACUGGCAAAGUUGACCCACUCCCUGAUACCCCAGCUGCUGACUACAGCCUCUUUGCAGCCUGCUUGCAGCCUGUCUACACAUGCUUGCUGUACCAAGUUCUCCAGAGAGUAUAAAAGACCCCCAGGUUCUGACAUUCUUCGGAGAAUCAUCUCGCGCCUUGCAUUUUCCCAGAGACACAGUUCCCAGAGUGCCAGAGCCCUUGGCUUUGUGUGGCUUUUAGGCGCUUGGCUCUGUGUGGUGGCUAAAAUUGAACACUAUCUCUUUCCUGAGUAA